AUGACUGUUGAAGGAAUCCCAAAAUAUAAAGAAAUCGCCGCAAAGAAAAUUGCAGAAAGAAACGCCAAGUUCGUUAAAGAAUGGUUGAUUCCAGCUGAAAAACUCCCUCAGUUACAAGACGUAUCUAACUGGAUUCCAAAAUCAGGUUACUUAUCCGAAGAAGAAUUGAAAAUCACGGAGUCAGAUGCUUCAGAAAUUGUUAAAAAUGUAAAGAGUAAGGAGUGGAGUGCCUUGCAAGUUACAAAGGCUUUUUGCCACAGAGCUAGCAUUGCCCACCAAUUGGUCAAUUGUUUAUCUGAAGUAUUCUUCGAAGAGGCAUUCAAGCAAGCAGAAGAUCUCGAUAAGUAUCAAGAAGAAACCGGAAAAGUGAAGGGUCCUUUCCAUGGACUUCCAAUAUCUUUGAAAGACAACUUGAAUAUCAAGGGUCAAGCCACCAGUAUUGGGAUGGUUGAGUUUGCAUUCAAUCCAGAACAAAUGGAAGAGGAUUCAGUUAUUGUAAAGUUAUUUAGAGAUAUGGGAGCUGUUUUUUAUGCUAAAACCAAUGUUCCUGUUGCUAUGAUGAUGCCAGAAACGACAAAUCAUAUUUUUGGCAAUACUCUGAACCCAUUGAAUAGAAAUCUUAGUGCAGGUGGUUCUUCGGGAGGAGAAGCUGCAUUACUUGCCUUGAAGGGUUCACCAAUUGGGGUUGGUUCUGAUAUUGGUGGAAGUAUUAGAAUUCCUGCAUCAUUUCAGAAUAUUUAUGCUAUUAGACCUACUUUUGGUAGAUUUCCAACCUAUGGAAGUCGUUCAGGUUUGCCAGGUUUAGAAUCUGUUAAUUCAGUGAAUGGUCCACUUUCUCUGGACUUGGAGGCUAUCGAACUCUACUGCAAAUCAGUAAUUGACCAAGAGCCUUGGAACCAUGAUCCUAAGGUUGUUGAAAUUCCUUGGAGAAAAGUUGAGUUGCCUUCCAAGUUAAAUGUAGCAGUAUUGACAGAUGAUGGUUGGGUUCGCCCAACUCCUCCAAUUCGCAGAGGAAUGUCAAUAGUUAUUGAUGCCUUGAAGAAGGACGGACAUGACAUUAUUGAGUGGAAUCCUGCUGAACACUUCCGUUUAUCUCAAAUCAUUAGCUCUUUUUUCGUCAGUGAUGGGGGUAUUCACAUUAAAGAAGUCACGAAAGCUACCGGAGAGACAUUCUUUCCAUACAUGCAAAACUAUGGAACAACACCAGAAAUGGGGGUUGCACAGUUAUGGAAAUUACAAGCCGAAAGAACAUCUUUGAUUAAGAAGUUCCUUGACCGUUGGAAUGCCACUGCCGAGAAGACUGGUAACGGAAAGCCAAUAGAUGCAAUUAUUAUGCCUGCCACCCCAUUCCCUGGUAACCCCAAUGGAAAAUUCCACGACUAUGUGGGAUACACUUCUCCUUUCAAUUUGGUAGACUACUCUGUUGGGAUUUUCCCAGUUACUAGAGCCGACAAGGAUUUAGACCCCAAGGAUGAAAAGAGAGAAUCAUUUUACAGUAAGACCGACGAGAACAUUUGGAAGGACUACGAUCCAGUUGAAAGCCACGGUGGUGCCGUUGCUUUGCAGCUCGUAGGCAGAAGACAUCAGGAAGAAAAGGUUAUCGAAAUGCUUAAAGUUGUGAGAGAUUUAUUGUGA